CCCUUCUCGCAAAUCACAGCAACCCAUCACCACCCCUCCCCCCAAUCCCACUCGCGCAGCAGCUCCAAGAGGAUCGUCGGCGACCAUGUCCGGCCGCGGCAAGGGAGGCAAGGGGCUCGGCAAGGGCGGCGCGAAGCGCCACAGGAAGGUGCUGCGCGACAACAUCCAGGGCAUCACCAAGCCGGCCAUCCGGCGCCUGGCGAGGAGGGGCGGCGUGAAGCGCAUCUCCGGCCUCAUCUACGAGGAGACCCGCGGCGUGCUCAAGAUCUUCCUCGAGAACGUCAUCCGCGACGCCGUCACCUACACCGAGCACGCACGCCGCAAGACCGUCACCGCCAUGGACGUCGUGUACGCGCUCAAGCGCCAGGGCCGCACCCUCUACGGCUUCGGCGGCUAGGCCGCUGGCCCCCGCCAGACGGUCGUCUGUCUUCGUCGCCACCUGCAGAUUCCGAUGUGUUAGUCCGCCCGUUCCUAGUAGUGUUGCGCUCAAGAAAUCUCAGAUGGAAACCGCCUUGUUUCCCCAUUUCCUCUGUAUGUUUAGCUGAAUCAUGGAAUUAUGUAAUGAAGAUGUUUGCAUCCAGAGUUCGAAGUGAAACCUGCAUCCCUUGUCUUGAA